AUGCCGAAACCUGUAAGCACAGUGCGGAUUGUGGGAUAUGGCAUGACAGCACUGGGCAAGCUGAACCGCAGCGCGACUCAGUUGAUGCAGGAAGCCUUGACAAAAUCUCUGCAAUCUGCGGGGCUGCAGAUGAAGGACUUGGAUGGUCUGGUGGCAGUGCCGUCUUUGUCACACCCACACUUCAUGGAGGCGCACUACUUGGCUACACAGGUCGGCUUGCUGCCUCGUCGCCUUCCGGUGCGCGUGCGCACCAUCGACACCGGAGGAGCUGGACCGGUGAGUGGCCUGUUGGAGGCAGUGCGAAUGGUCAAGGAGGAGCGAUGCCACGCUGUCGCGGUGGUGGCAGGGGAUGCUGUGUCCUCCUUGGAAACCCCAGAGUUUCUGCGACGUGCGGAUCAAGGGUGUCAGGACCCAGGGAACUCGCUCCCUUCUCCCUGCAUUCCGCAUGGCUAUGAUCAGGUAGCCCAGUGGCUGUUGAAGCAGGGCGGCAUCUCACGCGAGCAGCUGGCCAUGGUGUCGGUGCUGAUGUCGCGCCAGGCGGCACGGCAUCCCAACGCCUUGACGCGCAGGGCGCAUUCCUUGGACGAGGUGUUGAAGUCCCGGCGCAUCGCGCCCGCCACCAACCUCUUGGAAUGCGCCCGGAGAGCUGAUGGUGGAGCAGCCAUCAUCGUGGCCAGCAGCAGUUUCAUGGAUGACUACAUUGGUCAUGAUUCUGUGAGCAGCCAGGAUGGCGACGCCAACCCAAAGCUGGGCCCUGUGGCGGCCACGGGCGGCAUCGUCAUCUUGGGGGGUGGCGAGGCGAGUGGUCCCUUGUAUCCUCCAGCGACCAUUGAUGAGAGCAUGUUCAGCUGCGAGGCUGCGUCGAGGUCUGCCUUUUCAGAGGCUCAGCUGGUGCCUGAAGACAUCCAAUGGUUCGGGCUUUACGACUGUUAUCCAGUGUGCUUCAUUCGUGCCCUGGAAGCUUGUGGCGUGACUGGCAAAGGUCAGUGCGGCACCUGGGUAGAAGAGAUGUUCCGCUGCACAUCGAAGCCAUACGAACCGAAGGACUUCCCCAUCAACACGCAUGGCGGUCUACUAGCAUUUGGCGCACCCUGGGAGGUGCCGGCGAUGUACAACAUCAUCGAAGCCUGUGAGCAGAUCCGGGGCACUGCCGGAAGCCGCCAAGUGCCAUCCGUGCGACGUGCCUUAGUGUAUGGUAAUGGAGGCAUCUUUUCCCAUAGUGCGGUCGCAAUCCUCGCUAAAGCCGUGGACUGA